GGCAUUAUAUUAUUAUCAAAGCGGAGGUCGCGCGCAUUACUUACUUUAAAAGUAUUCAUUUGUUACAAAAGAGUCGCUCGCGCUUAAGCUUUUCGCUACUCGCUAGAUAUCUUUCUAGUAGUCAACAGUACCGACGUCCACACGACGGUAAACUUUUUUUUUGCGGCAUCGCGACGACGUGAGUGAAUUUUGGUUUUCUUUUGAGUUUCCGGUGUUGUUUUUUUUUUUUGUGCAUGAUUUGAUUUUGUUUUGUCUUUGAGUUAAUGAAAUUUAGUGGACAAAAUUUCACAAGACCUUCCGAUCGAAACUCAAAACGAUGACAUCACUAAUUUCCGUAUUACUCAAAGAGGCAUCAGUCAGUUAUUAACGAAAAUAAUUCGACAAAUUCCUCGAUUGUUUUAAAAGACUUUUUCAUAAACACUAUUCAAAAUGAGUUCGGUUCUACUAGAAGCAAGGCCUUUCAGGCCCUUCAAGUCGAGCGAAGAGUACCUCUAUGCCAUGAAAGAAGAUUUGGCCGAAUGGUUGCAAACGAUGUAUCCUCAUUUGAACAUUCAAGUGGAGAAUUUUAUGGAAAAGUUAGAAACCGGUGUUGCGUUAUGCGAGCAUGCUAAUGCAGUGAAAGCACAAGCCGUCGAAUAUGUCGAAAAGAAGCAAGCUAGAAAAGCUAUGACCCGAUCUGUUACUGGAUCCCUGGCCCAAGCACAAAACCUUAUCAGGAUACCAGAUGUCAAAUAUUUUACUACCGCCAAGGCUGGAACUUUCUUUGCAAGAGACAACGUCAGCAACUUCAUAAACUGGUGCAGAUUCUGCCUAGAAAUAAUCGAGUGCCUUCUGUUCGAAUCCGACGACCUUAUAAUGAGAAAAAACGAAAAACACGUCAUAUUAUGCUUGCUGGAAGUUGCUAGAAGAGGAGCAAGAUUUGGUAUGUUGGCACCAAUGCUAGUCCAAAUGGAACGUCAAAUCGAUAGAGAAAUAGCAGCUGAUCAAAAGAAACUAGGUUUUAACGAUGGUAACGAGAACAGUAACGAACUUGACGAUGAUAGCGAUAGCGAAUUCGAAGAGGAAGAACCACCGAUGAUGUAUGGUCCGGUACCACAGAUUGUGACUAACGAUUUGAAGAGUUUGGAUGAAAUGGUCCGAGAUUUGGUUGCUUUAUGCACUUGUCCCACCCAAUUUCCCAUGAUCAGAGUGUCAGAAGGCAAAUACAGAAUAGGAGAUACCAAAGUUUUGAUUUUCGUUAGGAUCCUCAGGAAACACGUAAUGGUUCGUGUGGGUGGCGGAUGGGACACUUUGGCACAUUACCUGGACAAACACGAUCCUUGUAGAUGUAGAGGACAGCAUAGGCCUACGCAAAGUGCCCGUUUGGUACCGGGAAGGGCACCCGAUUUACAUGGAGCACAAAUUUAUUAUGACAGAACUGCAGUUUCACCAGCAUCCCUUCCACCGUUGAUCAACGGCGUUGCAAGCGGUCCCAACAGCCUGGGGCCACCGAUGAAUUCCAUAAAUAGGUCCAGAUCCAGAUCGCCGUCCCAUUUAUACGCAGAUUCUAGAAGAUCAGUCAGUCCCAAUUUCCCAAGGAAAAGUUUGGUCCCUCCAACACACAACAGAUCCAGAAGUCCAACGCCGAAUUACACCUCCACCCACCACACAAAACUGGCAACCAACAAAAGUCCGCAGCACAUUGUAAAAAAUUCCGGCCCUCAAAGUUUACCUUUCAUUCCGACUUCUCCUAAAUCGAAACACGUUGCAAGCAUAAAUAUUCCUGCAGACAAUAGCAAGGUCAUGAAAUCAGAAGCAGUCCUUCAAGUCAACAGCGAAUCGCAAAGUAGCGAUAAUCACAGCGAUACUUCGUCCCAAAUGUCAGACGAAGGUUACAGAAGUUUGGGAAUUGUUCAAGACAAAAAUAAGAAAAGGUCUUCUGUUUAUAGUCAGAAUUCAGCUGAAGAUGUUGAAGAAAAUGAACAUCAGCACAUUUACACAGAAGAUGAACUAAAUGACGUGGGCCUUCGCAAAACAAAUUUCUCCCAAAGAAUAUACGAAGGAGACCCAAAAUUUUUACGAAGAACACCUGAACCUCCAAAAUCUAUGCCGUCUUCACCUACCACAGAAACUGAUAGUGAAAAGACGAUUUUAAACAAUCAAAAGCCUAGCCAAAAUAAGGGUUCUCCGGUACAUUCUGUUCGAGGUUCUCCAAAACCAGAGGAACGUGGAGUACUUAGGAGAACAAGCAGUACUGAUAAAGUUGCACCUAAAAAAGCCCCACCUGCAGUUAAAAAAAUUGACAGCAAAACUAAUACUUGGAAUGGAAGACAGAGGCCUACAAGGCCCAGCGUUGGAACUGAUACUUUUGUAUCGCCUUUCCAGAGAAAUACAAAUGCUAGGAGAAGCGUUUCAGCAUUGGGCGAACGUAGGACCUCAAUUUCGGCUAAUUCUUCUCCAACUAAAAGCAAGCUGAAACAGGAACUUUUGAAUGCCGUUAAGAAGGCUGAUGAUGAUGAGACCAUCGCGCUGCAGGUUCAAGAAUUACUUCGUAAGUAUGGCAGCCUCAGCACCCUGGACAACGAGGAGGAUUACGCUGCUCCGAAAUUCACUCGGCAAAAUAAUGAGAGAAUGUCGUUCAGGAGUCCUCGGAAGGAUUCGCGACCUGAAAACAAUUUGUCCAGGAUACCCGGCCCCGUAAUUCAGAAUAAGGCUUGAGGUGUUUCAAAUAAAUAAGAUUAUGAUCAUAUUAGCAAUAAUAACAGGGUACGAAAAUGUACUCAAUACUUUUUGUGCAAAUUGCAACUAUUUUUGGUGCUAAUGUUUAGUUGUAGAUUAGAUUUUUUUUUUGAAAUCUUUAUAAAGUAUGCCAGUUUCUACGACUGAUUUUUUUGACUAUGUUCCUGCGAAUUUAAAUUCGUCACCAUUCCAGCAAAAUUUUCAAUUUGCGCAGGAUUGACGUUGUAAUUUUAAUUUCUUUUGCUAAAUAUUGAAAUAUCUUAAUCACAAGAAGAAGUUGGUUUACCAGUUAUAAGCUUUAAUUAAUAAUGUAUACUUUAACGUGAACUUAUUCAAUUUUAUAAAUGUUAGUAUAUUUAUCUAGAAAAAAUAUAUUAUAUGUAUUCACCCUAAGGCCGGCUGAAGCUAGAAGCUCCUUUUUUUUGUUCAACUUUAAAUGAAAAUAGCCUAAAAAUAGCGGAAAAAGAAUUAGACUCUUAAUAACUCUAGUAAAAGAAUUCUAACAAAAAUUGUUAAAAGGACCUCUACUUAAAACAUAUUGUCAAUCGUAGAUAAUGUAAUCUAAGAAGGAAUUAAUUAGCUAGAAAAAAAGCUCAACCAUAGUUUUUUAAUGAAUAAUAUCUGAACAUUCCGAUUUUGAUACUAAAUUUUUUCAUAGAUUAUAUCUAGUGGAGUUUAGAUUACAUACUAAACCUUUAAUAACAAAUACUAAUAUCUAGCAGCAUAAAGGAUCAGUUUAACCAAUUAUUAACCAUAAUUAAUAUAAUUUUUUAUACCUCGAGAUCUAUUUAGUUUUCCAAUGGUGGUAUUUUUGGAAAAUGUCGCUUACAAUUUCCAAAAAUGCUUGAAAGCUGAAAUCAUUUUUGAUCCGAAAAUACAUAAAUAUUUUGUUUUCUGGUCAAAUUUUUAUCAACGAAAUUUGUUGUUAUUUUAUUUACCUACCUAUUGGUUAUAAUUUUACUUAACCAAUUUAUAUUUUGUAAUUUAUCAAAUUUAUCUUUUCAUUUAUUAUUGUUGUAUUUUUUACUAUUAAACUAAUAUAAAGAAACCUA